UAGCAACAAACGAACUUUACGGGGAAUAGGUUAGAUCCGGCAGAAACCCGGUGACAAAUGUAAACUGAACAGUCACGUGACCAGGAAGUGUCGCAACUCGCUGCGUUAAAUGUCACCGGUCUCGAAACAGCAUGUCGUUUGUGAACGGAAUCCCUCUUUUAUUGUGCCUCGGUAUCUCUAGUUUGCUGAUCUAUUUGUGGACCGAGCUAGUCUGAGGAUAAGGUGUGCGCACUUAUCCAAUCGGGCUGACUAACUGGUUCCAAGAUGCAGACGACACAAAACACUCUCAGAAACCCGUCCUUAGUCAACGUUAUAAGACUGUUCCUUCUGGUCCUGGUUGUACUGUCCGUGUAUUACUAUGACGUCAUUCAGUUGGGCGUCAAUUGUGUUUGGAAUUAUUUACUCACUUUAUGGUUUUUCAAUUCUGUAUACUUCGAAACAUGGUUAACGAUGGGAUGCUAUCUAUUGUUAAACCUAUAUCCUUAUUCUGUAGACUGUUUACGCACUCUGGACAAGUACAAAAUUGAAAAAAGUGUGCAGUACCGUACUCAGACGGUUAUAGGAAUGAUUCAAGAAGCGAUAGCCUACGCAGUGCCUUUCAUGUUCUUAGACACUUUCAUGGUGAAGAAAUAUUGUGGAGUGGAAGCCUCGAUUUGGGAUAGAAAACGGGAGUCCACCAUCCAGUACACUCGUGCACUUCCGGUCGACGCGCCGACAUUUGCGCAGCUGAUGUUCCAGCUAAUGGCGAGUUUGAUCCUGUACGACGUUUUCUUCUUCUUCAUCCACUACACUCUCCAUCGCAGUCCCUGGCUUUACAAGACGGUCCACAAGUGGCACCACAGCCACGACGUGCUGGAGUGUCACGUCACCAACCAGUUGUCGCACGUGGAGCGGAUCACGCUGGUUCUGUCGGCCAACACGGCCCUGAAGGUCUUCAACAGCCAUCCGCUGACCCGGACAGUGUUUGUCCCCGUCUUUCAGUUGCUCCUCAUCGAAAACCACAUCGGGUACGACUUUCCCUGGAGUCUGUCCCACGUCGUGCCGUUCCGAUUGAUGGGCGGCGCGAGAAAACACUAUGCGCACCACAUGCAGGGCGGAAAACACUACCAACCACUGUUCAGUUACCUGGAUCACUUUCUGGAGAGAAUCCAGUCGACAAACGUGAAGUUUAGCUCGCCGAAUAGAAAAUUCCAUCGACUAUCCAAGGCACACUCCAGUUGAACGUAACUGAGUUAAUCACUGCCUUGGAGCGAUAUUUUGAUUUUAUUCCUUUCUUGUUAGCUCCACUACAGAUAUUUAGCAUUACACCUACCUCUCUCCCUCUCUCUAUAUAUAUUUGUUUAAGAGUCUCACCCCACUCUUUCAAUGCAAUUUUAUGGCAUGUCAAAUUUGCAGUUUUUAAACCGUAAGUGACUGUGGUAAGGAUAUAAUUAGAAGAUAGUCCCACACACAUUACCAUCAACCUCAUAGCAAUGGUUAUAGCACUGUAUAUAAAUUGCAUUAAAAAUUUAGGAAUGAAAAGAAAUGUUUGAUUAAAGAUACCUCAACACAUUUUUAAAAAGAUUUUAAAUAACUAAUCUCAAAGUCAAAUAAUGAUCCACUACCAAAAUCAAACGCCCCAAGACACAAUCUCGAUUACCACUGCCUUGGACAGACACCGGAUAUAGCUACUGUUGGAGCGACACAUCUUGCUACAUAUGUUGGUACCUCAACUGAAGUACCACGUAUAACAUAUAGUUUAAUAUAUAACAAAGCUCUAACUGAAGGGCAUAUAUAAAUAUUAUGUAUUUUCUGUUAUUAAUACAUCAUUUAAAUAC